UCACCAGAGUCAGCUAGUGUUGGUUCUCGGCCGAGUGCUGCUGGCUGGGCUGGUUCGCUGCUGCGCUCGAUCGGCUGGCAAGGCAGGCAGGCAGUCCUCCGAGUGCGUCCCACGCCGGACACCCGCCCUCGCCCUUGCGUUCUCUCUCUCUUUCUCUCUCUCGUCUCUCCGCCUAACCCCAAGACCGACCGAGCGACCGUGCGUGCGUGUGUGAUGCCGAGGUGCACCUCCCCGCGUCAGCUGUGAGGCCGCUGCUCACGUUGCACCCGCCGCCGAAACGAUGAGGGCGCUUCUGCACGCGACGGUGCUUCUGGCGGCCGCCACCCACCUGGCGGCGCCGGCAGGCGUCGCACCGGGGCCGUGCCGCCAGUCGGAGCUGACGUGCGGCGCCUCGGCCCACCACCGCUGCAUCACCGUCACCAAGUUCUGCGACGGCGUCGACGACUGCGGCGACGGCACCGACGAGCCUCGCUCCUGCACGCCCUGCAACCGGACGUACAUGGGCGACUUGGGCAAGACUUAUCAGCUUUCGGUCCACAGACCCAGAGAGGACAGACUUCCUUUUAUAUGUGAUCUCAAUUUUAAGGCGCCUGGCGGCGAGUACGGCGACAUCGUGCAGCUGACCUUCGACAGUUUCACCCUCGGCAGGUUCACCUCGUGGACGCAGGCCGGCUGUCCAGAUGGCGACUUGCAGAUAUCCGAGUCGCCGCUGGAGCGGCCGCUAGUCGGCGGCCGCUGGUGCGGAACGGCCUGGGGACCGCCUUCCAUAUAUUACAGUGAAACAGGCAGCGUGACUUUGCACCUCCGCCUUCUACGUGUGCCCUCGAGCGGCAACAACAUCCCCCUGGGGAGCUCAGGAGCAGGGAUGUCGUCGAUGGGCUACAACUUUGACUUCAGCGUCGGCUUCAAGGUGCUAUCGCGUGAUUCGGCGGUGGUGCGUUACGGAGGCGGCACCCCCGCCUCCCCGCUGCACGCCUUUCUGCCGGGGAACGCGACCACCGCGGCGCCGCUCGCCAGGCCUGAGAGAAAGCGCAAGAAGGAGAAGGCGGACAAGCAGGCCGAUUCGCACAAGGAGCUGGCCUUCAGCCUCGGGGACCUCAUCCCCGGCACCUACUGCUCGCGCAUUUACAGCGACUGCGACAAGAAACGCUGCCGACUGCAAUCGCCAAACUUCCCUGGACUCUACCCGCGCAACGUCACCUGCUACUACGCCGUUAGACAGCACGAGGUUACCGCAGGCACGCACGCCUUGAUUUCCAUCUCGCAGCCAUCAGGUCAGCUAGUGGCCAUUCGCAGCCACAGCACCCUCCCAGGCAGUGUCAGGUCAUCCGACACGAUGCCCGUCACUGGCGAUGCUGGCCGCGUAACUUCGCAUCGCCUCAAGACUUGGCAGGAGUGCGACGAGGUGCAGGACUACGUGACCAUCUACGACGGCUACACGACGCGGGACCCGAUCCUCAUGCGCUUCUGCGGCGGCGGCCAACCGGUGCCACCGGCCAUUUCCUCAGGGCCCGAACUGCUCGUCGAGUUCACCAGUUCGCCUUACGGCACGUUUCUGGCGCCGCAGAGUGCCGGCGACCAGACGACGUCCAACUCGUUUCCCGCCGGAGGUGUCACAAGUGCGCUUCAUGGCUUCCAAUUAGAUGUCGAGGUCAAACUAGUUCCACUUCACACGCCGACCUACGCUCGCAACAAGCGGUGUGAAUUCUGGAUUAGGCAAUCGACAGACAUGCUUCCCAACGGCCGGAGCGACGCCGGCGGUCGGCUGGAGAAUCCGAAGCACUCGCUGGCGCCGAACACCACGUGCCUGUACCACAUUUCGGCCGCGGAGGCGAGCAGCAAGGUGUGGAUCUCGAUGCUCAAGUACCACGUAGGCUCGUCGCUGGACCCAACGUACCAGGACGACAAGUGCACCGCCGAGCUGCGCAUCUGGGACGGCGACGUGGCCGUGCCCAUAAAGCAGCACUGCGACAGCGGUCCUUUUUGUGAGAGGACGCGUUUCCCCAGCUCCGUCAUGGCGACCGCGAACCCAGGCUACAGUUUCGGCAAGAACGUGUCGCUAUUGGGCCGCUACUGCAAGGACUUGGUGGACAAGAGCUGCGAACAUCUCCUCCUUGCUAAUGGAACAAGAAGCCCGCGGCCGUGCAGACCAUCUUCAAGCGAGAGUUUUGUUUCAUCCGGUGCGAGCGUGACCAUCGAGGUGCGACAAGAAGAAUCCACCACCCUGCGCCCAGUGCGAUUCACACUUUUGUACGAGUUUGUCGAUCCCCGCAUGGACGGCGAGCCCUUCGGCUCGGGUCCAUGUGACAGACGCUUUAUCAGCCGCCACAAAACGGGGCCAGUGCUGCCGUCGAACGUGCUGGUGCCCUACCGAGACCUUCGAGAAAACUCUUUCCGUUCUCCAAAGGACAUCUUCCUGUUUGGAAGGGGAGGCGCAAGACACCUCAAGUGUCGGUUCCGGUUUGAAGCAGAUCUGGGCGAGCGUGUCAAGUUGACCAUCAACCGGCUAGCCACAGGGCCCGGAAGGUGUCAGACCGUGCUGGAUCCGGUGGUCGGCAGGCACAGAUGCAUUGGAAACAGAACAGCCAUGGUUGUGAUCCACGAAGUGCCUUGGAAUCAGCAUCAGGAGGAUGCAGUGUUGGUGCCAAGAGAAUGCGCGUGCUCCUCUGAAGUAGCCCCUUUGAUUUAUGUCUCCACUUCGCACUCGGUGGAGCUGGUUUUGGAGGCUCACGACAUGGGUCCCCACUUAGACUACGACGAUAUCAUGGUAGAGGGUCGCUUCGAGUUUAUCGCCACUCCCGCCUGCACGAGGAGCAGGAAAGUUACCGGGCCCAGCGGCGACAUCCGCUUCAGAUCACCGAGCAUCACUAAUGACGAGAUCUACUGUGAAAACUAUCCAUGGAUGGUGGAGCCGGCCAUGGGCAAGUACCUGUACGUGAAGGUCAGAGGUCACCAGAUGCCUGAACCCCUGCCCGCGAGCAGCGUGAACGAAUCAAGCAACGUGAUUACCCCGCGUCUGCCAGCGCACAACUGCCUCACCAAAAACAGGCUGGUCAUCUACUCCAGCGGCAAGCUGCGAGCGCUUGUCUGUCCGACAUCCUUUGAUAGAGACGCCGUGGUCGAGGUCUUCUCCGAAGGGUGGGACACCCACGAAAACAUCUCGACCGGGCUGGACGAGACCAGGAGGCGCCUGCUGGUCGAGUUUGUCGCCAGGGAGCCCGGAACCUAUUCAGUCUCGUGGCUUGAGGUGUCACCGAUCCGCAAACGUCUGGGACCAGCGAUCCUGCCGCCGGCGGGCUUCGUGAUGAGCAGCUUAGGCGGCGACGAGGCGAACCCGUCGCACUGCUCGCACCACUGCCCGGAGCUGCAGGCAUGCAUCAACGCAAGCCUCUUCUGCGACGGCGUGCAACACUGUCCGUCGGGCUUCGACGAGGCGAGCGAGUCGUGCGCGCCCUACUUCCUGCGGCUGCCGCAGCUGCUCUACCUGCUGGUCGUGGUGGCAGCACUGUCGUCGCUGUGCGUUGCGCUAAGCGUCAGCGCUUACAAAGCGUGCUACCGGCGGCGCAAGAAGCAGGCGCGCCUGCGCAUGCUGCUGCCCUCGGGCAGCUCGGGCAAAGACCUCUCGUUCAGCUGACAAACGGACACCGCCAACUCGUCCCUGUGCUACGUGGACCGUGUCACCACGGUCUAGAGGACGCGGUUGGCGGUGUGUUUCUCAGACCCAGCAGAUUUUUCAUCUGCGUUGUAAUCUUUAUAAUUUAUGAUAAAAUAAUGCUCUCUCGUCGUUUGUUCAAGCAGAUUUUUGUCUCACAUGGGUACACAACGAACACGGCAAGAGGUCUUUGCUCAGGCCCGCGGACUGUGGGGGGUUUGGGAGCUCAUUUUCUGGAGGGUACGAAAGUGAUGCGUGAAUGGCGAUAUAUGCCAAAUAUUUUGGCACAGGGAUGAUGUGCACAAAUCUUGGGACGGUGAGUUGUUUAUCAGGCAAAGUUUAUACGGCUUCAAUGAAAAUUAAGU